GAGUGGAGUUGGAGUUGGAGUUGGAGUGGAGCAGGGAGCUAGCAGUCGGGGUGCUAAACUGAAACAACUGAGGUAUUGUUUCAAAGAAGGAGAUGGAAGGCAGCUUCGAACAGACCCUUCAAGAUGGACAGCUUUACAGACAAGUCAAUUCUCUCAUUGUCGCUCAUCUUCGUGAUCACAACCUCACCCAGGCUGCAAGUGCUGCUGCUUCAGCUACAAUGACACCACUGAAUGUUGAUGUUCCACCUAAAAAGCUUAUGGAGCUCGUUGCAAAGGUGAUACCAGGGCCUUGCGGUGGAGAAAGAUGAGACGUUAAGAGGGAGUCCUGCUUCUGCAUUGUAUGAAUUUGGUUCAUCAAUGCCCACUACAUUUGGAUCUGCACAGCCCUCUCGUCCUUCUGCUAUCGACUUCAGCACUACACAGGAUACAAAAGGUUCGUCGAAGAAUUUUCCAAAGCACGAGACUCGACAUCUUUCUGAGCAUAAGAAUGUUGCCAGAUGUGCAAGAUUCAGUGCUGAUGGGAGAUUUGUUGCAACUGGAAGCGCUGAUAUGUCAAUAAAGCUGUUUGAGGUGGCAAAGAUCAAGCAGAUGAUGCUGCCAGAUGCAAAAGAUGGUCCUGUCCGACCAGUUAUAAGGACAUUUUAUGAUCACAUUCAACCAAUAAAUGAUUUAGAUUUUCAUCCUCAGAAUACUGUUCUUGUAUCUGGUGCAAAAGAUCACACAAUAAAGUUCUUUGACUUCUCCAAAUUGACUGCAAAGAAAGCAUUUCGAGUUAUCCAGGAUACUCAUAACGUGCGAUCUAUAUCUCUUCAUCCUUCAGGAGAUUAUCUCUUAGCAGGAACGGAUCAUCAGAUUCCCCACUUGUAUGAUGUCAAUACUUUUCAGUGUUUUCUAUCCGCAAAUGUUCCUGAAAUAGGAAAUAAUGGAGCAAUAAAUCAGAUCAGGUAUUCGGCAACAGGUAGUAUGUAUGUCACUGCUUCGAAAGACGGCGCAGUUCGUUUAUGGGACGGCAUUGGUGCAAAAUGUAUUCGGUCCAUUGUUAGUGCACAUGGCACAGCAGAGGCCACCAGUGCAAAAUUUACAAAGGAUGAAAGGUAUGUUCUUUCUUGUGGAAAGGACUCGAGUGUAAAGCUAUGGGACGUGGGGACAGGGAGACUAGUCAAACAAUAUGUUGGCGCCACUCAUAUUCAAUUGAGGUGUCAGGCUGUAUUCAAUGAUACUGAGGAGUUUGUGCUAUCAAUAGACGAACCAAGCAAUGAGAUUGUUAUUUGGGAUGCUUUGACAGCAGAGAGAGUAGCAAGGUGGCCUUCUAACCAUGUCGGUGCACCUCGAUGGCUCGAGCACUCACCAACAGAGUCGGCCUUCAUUUCCUGCGGGACUGAUAAAUCGAUACGUUUUUGGAAGGAAAGUCUCUAGCGUAGAGUAGAAGAUAAGAAUUGUUUCAUCCUCCAAUCUAAAUGGACUGAUUAAGGGCUAAGUCCAUAUUGCAAAAGAAUCCUAAUUUGCUAUUUAAAUGAAUGGAAAACGAGGCUCAUAAUUUCAUUAAUGUUAAGGCUCAAAUACUAUUAUGCCCUUA